AAUAUAAUUCCCUUGUCAAAGCAUGAUCAGGCUAGGUGCUAGCAUAAUGUAACUAUAAAUAUAAUUCCCUUAUAUGCAUGAUCAGGUAGUUUGGAGUAUACAUAAGAUAUAAUGAAAGAAUAAUUAAGAUGAUCUAUUUGGUAUGCAUAGUAUUUGGAUGUUAUUUUCCUUAAGGUGAUUACUGUGGUGACUUAUCUUAUUUCUAUGCAGGCUGGUGAAGGUUCCAGGAAGCGGAAGCGCGAGGAGGAGCAGCAUGUGCCUCCUCCAAUCCAGGAGCUAGAGCCUGUCCCUCCUCCAAUCCAGGAGGAGGAAGAACCUGUGCCAGCUCCACCAGUGCCAGCUCCACCAGUGCCUGCUCCACCUGUCCCUGCUCCACUAGUGCCUGCUCCACCUGUGCCUGCUCCACCAGUGCCUGCUCCACCUGUCCCUGCUCCAUAUGAGGAGUUGCAGGAUUCAGAUGGCUCCCUGGAGUAUGACUCCCAGGAUUCAGCCGAGUCCGUGGACAGCAGGAACAUUGGAUCCUUCAAGACCAAGCUGCUGCAGAAGCUGGAUGCUGGGGCCUUCCCUUUCAAGAAGAGGGGGAAGUACUUCUGUCCAUGGCACAAGGUGAAGCCCAGGGAUGGGAAGAUUAAUAGCCUGAGGCAGCACUGCGAGGAGCUAGCCCAGACUGGCACCUCCAAGCAGAUUAGGGCAGAGCAUCAUGGGCUUCUCUUGGUGCUUGCUAUGGAGGAUGCUUGAAGCCUAGCUCCUGUGGAUGGUGGUUGCUCUGGUUGCUUUUGUAGAUAUGCUUUUGGUUUAUGAUGUUGGAACUACUGCUGCGUGUUGUGUUGAACAAUGUUUGGUUUGCUUUUGAACUGAGUUGUCAGACCAUCUACUAUAGUGAUGGUCUUAAUUACUGAAUCUGUGUGGAUCUAUGUUGUGUGUUGAAUUAUUAUGUAGGUUAUGAUGCUUAGCUCUGUGUUUCAUUUGGAAUG